AUGUGCAUCAAUACCUGCUUGGCAUAUACUGGUCCAUUUGCACCCUUUGAAAAGUGUCCAACAUGUGGCAAGGACCGCUAUGAAUCUUGCAAGUCUAGUCAUAACAAGAAGGUACUUCGGUGCAUGUUCACUACUAUCCCAAUUGGUCCCCAGAUCCAAGCUCUUUGGCAACAUUCCAAGAGUGCCAAGAGGAUGCAUUACCAUUAG